UGACUUUCACAACAUGACAGUUACGUGCUUGCUCGCUUCUGUUGCUUCAGUCUACGGUUUUUCUAAUUGUAAAAUUAAAAACUCGGAAUAAUAAAAUUCGGUCGGCGUAUUGGAUUUAACAAAUACUACCUUUAUUCAUAAAAAAUAUUGUAAUUGGAAACAAGAAUAUAUUUUUGUCAAAAUGGGAGACAAAAAAUACAAGCAAAGCAAAGCAGAUAUUGCCAAGCAGUUUAAUCUUCCUGAGAGGCAGUCCAAGAUCACAACAUUGCUAAAUCAAGCAGGGCAAGCAUACUGCAUCUGUAGGUCUUCCGACAGCUCACGGUUUAUGAUAGCAUGUGAUGCCUGUGAAGAGUGGUAUCAUGGUGAUUGCAUCAACAUAUCUGAAAGAGAGGCAAAGUAUAUCAAGAACUAUUUUUGUGACCGCUGCCGGGAAGAGGAUCCUAGUUUAAAGACCAGGUUCAAGCCACAGAAGAGAGAAAAUGAUGUGGAUUCAGGACGUGAUGACAGGAAAAAGAAGCGUAAAGAAAAGGAUUACUCAGAAAACAAGUCAUCAAAGAGACCAAGCACUAAGGAUGGCUGCGGAGACUGUGCAGGUUGCCUGCAGACACAUGAUUGUGGCCAUUGCGAUGCAUGCGAAGAUAUGUAUGGUGGUAGCAACAAAUUGAAGCUAAAGUGUAAACAACGAAUAUGCAUAAAAAGCAAGAAACCUUCAAGGCAAUCAAGCACAAGAGUGAAGAAGAAGCAUCAUGAACGUGAAUCAUAUGACUUGGAAGAAUCAAUUGCUCACUUGCAAACAGCUGAGGCUCGGCAGUGCUACGGGCCUCAGUGUACGAGAGCUGCUCAGUACGGAUCCAAAUAUUGUUCCAGCCAGUGUGGCAUAAGGCUGGCUACUGCAAGGAUAUAUCAGGUCCUUCCUCAACGCAUACAAGAAUGGUCGCUAUCAAGUUGCGAAGCUGAGCAGAAGAAUCGCAAAUCUUUAGAAGUGGUCCGCAGUGGGAUGGCCAAGGCUCAAGCGGCGUUGAGAGCGCUGGACAAACAACACGCGGAUCUAGACACGAUUGUUGCACGGGCGAAGAACGCUACUGUCGUCUAUACCGAUGACAAGGAAGCAGACGACGAGACGCUUACUAUGUACUGCAUAACAUGCGGCCACGAGAUCCACUCGCGGACCGCCGUCAAACACAUGGAGAAGUGUUUCAUCAAAUACGAAGCGCAGGCUUCGUUCGGAAGCAGGCAUCGUACGAGGAUCGACGGCCAGAGCAUGUUCUGUGACUACUAUAAUCCAGUUAAUGGCACUUAUUGCAAGCGGUUGAGGGUUAUGUGCCCAGAGCAUUUCAAAGAUCCGAAAGUGAGUGAUUCAGAAUGUUGCGGGUGUCCUCUCGUCCGCAACGUGUUCGAACCUACGGGGGACUUCUGUAGGGUUCCCAAGAAGUCCUGUUUGAAGCAUUACCAGUGGGAGAAAUUGAGAAGAGCAGAGAUCGAUAUGGAGAGAGUGAGACAGUGGCUGCGGCUUGAUGAAUUAGUGGAACAAGAGAGGAGUAUUCGGCUGGCUAUGGCGUCUAGGGCUGGCGUUCUGGGCCUCAUGUUGCAUUCGACGUACAAUCACGAGGUGAUGGAGCGUAUUACCAACAAGGUCACGGAAAACGGCAAGGUCAAGGAGGGCUCUUGACGUCGCGAUACUACGCGUAAACCACGACAUAACUCUGACAGCACAAGCCUAGCUGACAGUGAGGUGACUCCAGUUUCGAAUUAAGGAUAAAAGAUGAACAUUUUUAAUUAUAGAAAAAAAAGUUGAUGUAUUAAGAAAAAAGCACGUUUUUGAAAAGUAAAAUAUUAAAAGUUGAAUUUAAAAGUAUAACGUUUUAUAUGCGGUACCUACAUUUUGAAUUUAGAAUAAGAAUAAAAACGUUUUUGUUUUAAUUUGAAUGAUUUAGGUAAAUAAGCAUAAAAUAUUGUAAAUAUAUUGUGGAAUUGCGAAAUUAAAUGGCAUUG